CAGAAUGUGUACGGUGGCUGGUAAGAUAAUGUUUUGAGUGCAAUCGCCAGCGAAGGAACGCGGACGGAAGUAGUCUAUCUGAAAGGGUCAAGAUGCAGCCAGAGUCUCUCCUUCACAGUGGUUAUUUCCAUCCAACACUCAGAUACUGGCAGACCUGUGCCUCCGACUUGAGACCUGAGAACCUCAUCUACCCUAUUUUUGUCACUGACAGUCCUGAUGCUGUGGAGCCAAUUGCUAGCCUACCACGCCAGGCCAGGUAUGGAGUCAAUAAACUGGAAGGCAUGCUACGACCCCUUGUAGAAAACGGCUUGAAGUGUGUACUGAUUUUUGGAGUGCCUGCAAAAAUUGCUAAGGAUGAGAGGGGUUCGGGUGCAGACACAGACGAUACUCCGGCAGUGUUAGCUGUCAAGAAGAUAAAGUCUCUUUUUCCCGGCUUGCUGAUGGCCUGUGAUGUCUGUCUUUGCCCCUACACCUCCCAUGGACACUGUGGAAUCUUGCAGGAGGACGGGACUCUGGACAAUGGUGCUAGUUGCCAGCGUCUGGCUGAAGUGGCACUGGCCUACGCCCGCGCUGGCUGUCACAUUAUUGCACCUUCUGAUAUGAUGGAUGGGCGAGUGGGAGCCAUCAAACAGUCACUAAUGUCCAAUGAAAUGGGAAACAAGGUGUCGGUGCUCAGCUACAGUGCCAAAUUUGCUUCCUGUUAUUAUGGUCCAUUUAGGGAUGCAGCACAGUCCAAGCCAGCAUUUGGAGACAGACGUUGUUAUCAGCUGCCCCCUGGUGCAAGGGGCCUGGCACUGCGAGCAGUGGACAGGGAUGUGAAGGAGGGGGCAGAUAUGCUGAUGGUGAAACCAGGACUGCCCUAUCUGGACAUUGUGAGGGAGGUUAAAGACAAGCACCCAACACACCCAUUGGCGGUGUAUAACGUGUCGGGGGAGUUUGCAAUGUUAUGGCAUGCGGCCCAGGCUGGAGCCUUUGACUUGCGCACUGCUGUACUGGAGUCUAUGACUGCCUUCCGCAGGGCAGGGGCUGACAUCAUCAUCACCUACUACACUCCUGAACUUCUCAAUUGGCUGAAAGAGUAACUGGAUGGACCUACGAAUAGGCAUAGAGAUGGAUCUUGUGGUCAAUUCCUUUUUACCUAACAAGGCUGAGCUACACUGACCAGUCCCUCCAGGACUCUGCUGAGAUUGUUUGUGAUAUCAAGGGGGAAAAAGGCAGUGUUUUCUGCAGCAAUUAUAUUUUGCAUGGCUCAAAUGUGCCUACAGGGUAAAAUGUUUGAUUCAUAGAAAAUGCAACCCCUCUUUGUAGUUCUUCUACUUCAGUAUGUCAGUUUUAUGCAAUAAAAUUGUGAUUUUUAUGGACAAAUGAAAUGAGCAGGAAAUCAAUAAAUGAGGUUAAUAUA